AUGAUUAAUCCUUAGAUCACAGUAUUUAAUGUGUUCUUUAGGAAAUUAGAUUUUCUUUAGAAUUUCGCAUUUUAUAGGAAGCUCAAUCCAGAGAAGAGACAAAGAUUAGUUACAAUUUGGAGAAGAGUGUUUCUGGCUUCUUAUUUUAUAGGAAUAAUGAGAUCUUUUUAAAAUAGAGUCAAGAUUUACGGAGCAAUUAGAUAGGAUGAUCACAUGGAUUUGAUAGAGGAUGAAGUUUUUAAAUCAAACUAAGAAGAAAAGAAGGUAUACGUAUUUUACCCAGAUGAACAAUUUAAAACAGUUUGGAAUAUGUUGUUGAUAUUUUUAUUAUUGGCCACUGCAGUCAUAACUCCAUUUAAAGUUUGUUUCGUAUGAAUUUACAUUACUAUUAAUAGAUUGAUUCUGGAAACGAAGGUUUUUGGUUUUGGGUGGAUGUUAUAUUUGAUGUUUUGUUCUUUGCCGAUAUAAUCAUCAACUUUUUGAGUGCAUUCUAUGAUGAGGAACAGAAAAUUGUUGACAAUUAUAGAAUGAUAGCCAAAUAAUAUUUGUAUGGAUGGUUUUCAGUCGAUGUUAUUGCAGUCUUGCCAAUUACAUAUUUUCUAGAUGACAAUACUGAUACUGCAGCCCUUAGAUACAACAAAUUGCUGAGACUGAUUCGAUUGCCUCGACUUUACAGACUGGUUCGUUUACUGAAGAUAUCAAAAGCAAACCUGAACAUUAAAAACAAAACAUAGGCAGCCAGAAUCCUAUCUUACCUAGGAAUCAAUGAAGGCAUCAUCAAGGGACUGAUUCUCUUGGGCAAAAUCCUAUUAAUCAAUCAUCUCAUUGCCUGUUUUUGGUAUUUCAUAGCAAAGUUCAAUGAAUUCGAUCCCGAUACAUGGGUUGCUUAAGCUAACCUCGAAGAUGCAACACUAUAUAACAAAUAUAUUGCUGCUUUUGAAUGGAGUUUGCAGACUCUCACAACUGUAGGUUACGGCGAUAUUAAGGCUACUACUAUUGAAGAACGAGUGUUUGCCAUAAUUUGGAUGAUCUUUGGAACUGGGUUCUUUUCAUAUACAUUGGGAAAAUUGUCAUCUAUUUUGGAAAACGUUGACAAAAAGUGGGUGGAUUUUGAGAGAAGAAUGCAUUUGUUUAAUGAUUUCUCAGUGAGAGUGAAAUUGCCAUAUGCUUUGAAAUGCAAAGUACACAAGUAUUAUAGAAAUAACUACUUGAAAAAUGUGUAUUCUUCUCUCGAUCCUAAAAAAUUGAUUUAAGAACUCCCAUCAUAAAUUCGUAAUGAAUUGUUGAUGAUUUGCUAUAAGUACUUGAUUGAUAGUGUCUCCUUGCUCAAAAUAGAUAAGAAUUUCACAGCCACCAUACUACCUCAUCUCAAUUUCUUAGAAGUUCACCCUGGAGAGAUCAUCUAUAGACAGGACGACCCUCCAACAGACAUUUACUUCAUUGAAAAGGGAAAAGUCAAUUUUGUUACUCAUGACAAAUACACGUUGAUUACCCUUUUGGAAGCAUCAUUCUUUGGGGAAAUCGAAGCAUUUGAAGACAUCAACAGAGAGUAUUUUGCCAUUGCCAAAGAACCAACCAAUUUGUAAUUUGUAUUAUCAAAAUCUAUAGAUUCUUCUGUUCAUACGAUAUUUUUAGGAAUCUCCUUAAGGAAUUCCCCACUGUGGCUUCGGAAGUUAAAAUAAUUUAUGAUAAAAGGAAGUCGAAAUAUAAAACUUGUCUCUACAUGAUUGAAUUGCAGAGAAAACGAAAUUCUGGAUCAGAUCCAAAAGAAGUAUUCAUCAACAACUAUGUAGGAACUACAAAAUAGUACUCAAUAUUAUUUGGGAUUGAUUGCUCAAUAUGAAGAGGAGUAGAACAAAAUGAAUUCAACCAAAGGUUUGGUUAACACGAAGAAGAAAAGCGUGCUCGAUUAAUUUUCUUUUAAAAAGAAAUAAUAAAAAAUGUCUGUGUUUCAAACACUCAAAUGA